AUGAGAAGACGCAAUGCAGCUAUGAAAACUCAGGAAACUGUUUAUUACGAUAUUAAGAAAGAGAUCGGAUCCUUCCACCGUCAGUCUCAAGAGCUUCAGAAAAAAAUCAGAUUUUUGGAAGAUGAAAAACAGAAAAUGUUGAUAGAAAUUUCACAGAUGACCCAAGUUCAUUCAGAUAUUCAAAAUCAGCUUCAGCUGCUGAAACAAAACGGCAUUGCUAAAGAUCAAGAAAUAUCGCGGUUGAAAGAAGAAAUUGAAAAGUUGAAGGAACGAAACCGAUUUCACAGCAAUAAUGAAUAUGAUGCGAGGAAGCAACUCCAGAAAACGAAAGAGAAGCUGAAGGAAGCUUUGCAUAUCCAGCAUCACUUUACGGACAACAUCCAGCAGCAAAUAGACCAAAUCAGGAAUUUCGAGGAUCGCGUGCAGACUCUUCAGAAGCAAGUUAUUGCUCUCAAAGUAACGAACAACGAUAUAAAAUGUACUUUGAAGCAGCUGGAAAGACAAAAUGGUGAGCUCACUGCGGAAGUCGAAUGCAAAGAUCGAGACUAUAAAAGCACAUUGCAAUUAUUGGAAAAGACAGAACACGAAUUAAAAGUCUCGAAGGAAAAGAUUAAGAGCUUGCUUUCUGAGAAAUCAGCAGCAGAAUUAAAAAUAACUGAGAAUCACAAAGAGCUAACAAAGAAGAACGAACUAGCAGAAUCGUUGGCAGAUGUAACGAGGAAGCAGCUGCAAGAGAAAGAGUCGAUACAGAAACAACUGGUAAAAGUUCAAAAUCUUUUCGACGGAGAAAGAUUGAAAUGUAAGGUUUUGGAAGAAGAGCUUCAAAAAUCUAGAAAUGUGCAUCGGUGGCGAUUCCUCGAAGGCACCGACACCCCGAUCCAAUAUUUAAUGUUAAAGUCCGUUCAUUUGCAAAAGAUGCUGACCAGGAAAUCGAACCUAUUGUCAAGAAAAGAAAACGAGUUGAAAAACAAAGAUAAAUUGAUUGAAGAGCUGACAGCUAACAAGAUGAAAGGAUCCGAGUUAGACGCGCAGAAGGAACUUUGGUCGUGCCAGAAAGAACUUUCAAAAUGCAAAAAUGAAAUCAAGUGUCUGCUAGAGGAAAAACUGUUUAUAGUUGAGCAUUAUUUCCACUCAUACGGAAGCGGUCGUGAAGGUGGACCGAGUUUGAAAAAGGUGGCAGAACAAUUCCAAGAGAAGUUUCAUAAGACGACAAAAAAUCCGCAGCAAAGCCAAGUUUUAGAAAAACUCCAAGCAGAGAAUUUAGGAGGAUCGGAGUUUUCAGACAAGUAG